AUGUCGAAAGAGACCGCAAUCCGCACCAGCGAAUCUUCUCAUCCCCUCCUCUUCCGACAAGUUUCACCGGGACCCGGAGAUUCCACCAUGCAGUUUCGGCUUCUUCAUUUCUGGGAUGCUCACAAGAAUGUCAAAGGAGGACCAUGGAUCCUUCUUGGGAUCGAGAUGCUUAUGAUUGAUGCGGAGGGAACUUUAGCUCAGGGGUUCAUCGGUCAGAACCGUCGCAACCAGUAUGAGAAAGAGCUCCAGCGUGGUAGAAUCUACACACUGACAAACUUCUACGCGUCCAACAACAAGGUGAUGUACAAUGUUGCUGAUCAGAGGCUGGUGAUUUGCAUCUCCCAGGCCUCUGCCCUGUCGAAGGUUGAAGAAGACAUUGAAGAUGUUGUUGGCCACCUUAAGCUGGUUGAUGGCCAGGUUCUCCAUCAGCGUCCGGUUUUGUGCACCAAUGAAGACUCAGCUUCUCGGAAAGUGAUGGACGAGGCCGCUGAAAGUUUUCGCUUGAAGUUUGACGCAAGCGCAGCCACUCCAACUGUUCUAUUGGUCACAACAAGCAAUCCUAAGAGACUCGGUGGGAAAUUGUGCCUAAGUUCAAUGUCCUCUUCAAGAGUGUUUUUCGAUGAAGAGGUUGACCCCACCAAGGAAUACUUGGCCUGGUUAACCACGAACCCUUCUGUGACUUCUUUAGUCAACCCUGUUGAGGUUGUCAAAGCUGAGACUCUCACAAUAAGUGAGAUUGGCGCCUUUCUCAAGCAUCAGCCUGCUCAGGUUGCCUACUUUGGUUUCAUUGCCACAAUUGAUGAUGUCAAGCUUGGCACUGAGUGGUAUUACAUUGCUUGCAAGGAUUGCCAGACCAAGUUAAACCGUGGGCCGACAACAUUGCUUUGUCCAAAAUGCGGGAAUGAAAAUGCUACUGCAGUAGCCAACUAUCGCGUGGAGCUGUCUGUCUAUGAUAAUGAUGAGCAGUGCACGUUCAUCAUUCUCGGAGAUGCUGGGAAAGAUCUCACAUGGAGGAAAGCAACAGAGUUGAUCGACGCUUAUGUUCAGACAAAGAAAUUCAGGAUUAAGGUGGCUAACUACAACUUCACUCCUAUCCGUCUGUCCUUGACCGCUACGAAGAUAGUCUCACCAGCCGAAUUACCACCAAAAAAUCCCCCACUCAAGACGCUACCAGGAACUGAAGUGGAGAACACAGAGUUGGCUGCGAGUAGUGGUGGUGGUGCUUCAGCUAUUGACGUCCAGAAGAAAGCAAAGCGUGCCAAGCGUAGUGACUAG